ACACUCUUAUCUCUUCUCCAUUCAAAACCAAUCCAAUAUAUUACAUCAACUAGUCUAUUAACAGGCAACAUUUUUCUGAUUCAAGAUCUCAACAACAACCAUGGAGACACAAAGAGUGCAGGCGAUAGCAAAGAUUAGCGGAGAUAAUAUUCCAGCAGAAUUUAUAAGAUCAGAAACAGAACAACCAGCACUAACAACAUUUAAAGGACCUAUUCCAGAAAUACCAGUGAUUGAUUUUAGCAAUCCAGAUGAAAAGAAUCUUGUUAGUUUGAUUUCUAAUGCUAGUCAAGAAUGGGGUUUCUUCCAAAUUAUAAAUCAUGGUUUGCCGACUGAAGCUACAAAAAACCUGUUGAAAGUUGGUAGGGAGUUUUUCGAAUUGCCAGAUAAAGAAAAAGAAAUUUAUGCUAAAGUACCUGGAAGUGAUUCUUUAGAAGGCUAUGGGACUAAACUUCAGAAAGAAAUUCAAGGCAAAAAGGCUUGGGUUGAUCACUUGUUUCAUUUCAUUUGGCCUCCUUCUCGCAUCAAUUAUAAGUUUUGGCCAAAGAAUCCACCUUCAUACAGGGAAGCAAAUGAAGAAUACGCCAAGUGCAUGAUCCCCAUAGUUAACAAGCUUCUGAUGCUGUUGUCUCUUGGAUUAGGAGUUGAAAGGCAUGUAAUAAAAGAAGCAGUGGGUGGAGAUAAUAUGGAAUAUCUUCUGAAAAUAAAUUAUUAUCCACCAUGUCCUCGUCCAGAUCUAGCACUUGGUGUGCCACCACAUACAGACAUGUCUGCGGUCACGCUUCUUGUACCCAAUGAAGUACAAGGCCUUCAAGUUUUAAAAGAUGAUCGUUGGAUUGAUGCCAAGUACAUCCCAAAUGCUCUAGUUGUUCAUAUUGGUGAUCAAGUCGAGAUCUUAAGCAAUGGCAAGUACAGGAGUGUGCUUCAUAGAACAGCCGUAAACAAGGAGAAGACAAGGAUGUCAUGGCCGGUUUUUUGUUCUCCACCUGCUGAUAUGGUUGUUGGUCCACUUCCUCAACUUGUUAGUAAAGAAAACCCAGCAAAAUAUAAGUCUAAGAAAUACAAAGAUUACGAGUAUUGUAAGCUCCACAAGAUUCCUCAAUAGGGUUCAUUUUGUAACUGGUGAUAUUUAUCUAGCUCAACAAAUGGUGUAGAUCCCAUUUCGGGCUGUCACUGAUCGAUCUGAUUCAGCUUUGCACUCCGCCUUAUUGUGUAUCUGGAGCUGAUUAUGGUUCCAUUGGGACCUUAGUACCUUUAGAUCUAGCAAAAUAAUAAAAAAAAGAACUCUUUAGCCAUAAAUGGAGCUCUUUCUUGUAUGUUGGGAUAAUGUGCGGCAAUUGAUACACACGAAAGAUAAAAUGUAACACUAAAUGCAAAGCUUUAGAUCUUUUAACAUUGGUUUAUUAAGUGUUUA